GCAAGGUGAUAAUUUUACGGUGGUCGAGCUGAAGGAAGCUCUGCGCGAGAGAGGACUACCGGCGUCGGGAUCGAAAUCCGAGCUAAUUGCUCGAUUGAGCGAACAGGAUCCAGACAUUUGGACGGUUUUAACUACCAAAAAAAACCGAGUGCCGUCGGAAGAGGGCGCAUCAACAUCGGCCAUUGUACAGGAAACGACGCAAGCGCCGAACGCCGGCCCGGCAUCGGGAGACGAUUACGUGCGACGCGAGCUAGCACUGAUUCGUCAGGAGAGGGAACUACUGGAGAGGGAGCAGCAACUGUUACACCGAGAGCGCGAGAUGGCGCGCGGCGCGUCGACGACGAGCAAUGCUGCUUCGGUGACAGGAGGCAUCCGUAACCUUAAAGAGCUGGUUCCUGAAUUCGAUGCCUCAGAAAAUACCUUUUGGCGGUGGAAAAACCAAGUCGAGCUUAUCCGAAACACCUAUCGAUUGGAGGAUGAUGCGACAAGAAUCUUAAUCAGCUCGAGACUAAAGGGGCGAGCUCUUACGUGGUUCCAUUCGAAGUCUGAGCACUUGACGUUAAGUGUCGAUGGGCUGCUCGAGGCGAUGCAGCAGAUAUUUGAUCUACGACCGAAAAAGCUGUCACUUCGGAAGGAGUUCGAGGCUCGCAUCUGGAAAGCCGAAGAAAGCUUUUGUGAUUAUUAUCAUGACAAAGUGAUAAGUGCAAACCGAGUGCCGGUAGAGGAGGACGAACUACUUGACUAUCUCGUGGACGGUAUCCCGGAUACGCGUUUACAGAAUCAAGCGCGCAUUAUGAACUUUUCGUCGAAAACGGACCUCCUCAAAGCGUUUGAAAAAAUUACUCUUGAUGCCAAACGAUCCAGUGAUUCCAAACAAAAGAAGGAUGGCCUGAAGUCGUCACAAUCGAAGGCCGAGACAUCGUCUACAAAAGGACGAACUGUCAAGUGCUAUAAGUGUCAGGCGGUGGGGCACAUCGCCACCCAAUGCAAACAGUCGACGACUCCGUCGACAAAGAGGGCGUGCUACGUAUGCGGAUCAGCGGGGCAUCUGGCGAGAGAUUGCUCCGAGCGGAAGCAGCAAGCGGCCUCGGAGACCGGUGAGAAGCUGACGGCGACGACAACGUCAACGAACCUUGUGCAAACAGCUGUUCUGCGUAAGCCGUAUCUGGUCACUGUAAAAAUUAGGCCCAGCGAAAAUACCGAUAAAACCGAUACAUAUAUAAUUGAUGCGAUUAUUGAUUCGGGUUCUCCAAUUAGUUUAAUUCGGAAUAGUAUUAUCGAAAAUGAAGUGUGUUCUCCGGUAGAUACGGAGACGAAUCAAUUUUGCGGCAUAAACGGGACGCGACUAGAAAUUCUAAAAAUGUUUGAUAGCAAUGUCGAAAUAAAAGGUGUCCGUACACCUGUGAGAUUUUAUACUGUGCCAGAUAAUGCGAUGGCAUACAAAGUAUUACUGGGUAGAGACUUUAUAGCGUGUCCGACCUUGCGUAUCACACUCGGUGAUACUGUCGAAAUUGAAAGUAUCGCGGAAGAGAACGCGAAGCAAGUGUUGAACGUCGAGAUUAGCGGGAAUUGUCAGAACCGUGAUGAAUUACAGAUUAAUCCUGCGAUAGGUCGUGAUAAUUUAGCGAAAAUUAAUGAACUUUAUGAGUCGUGUUAUGUUCAGAAUUUUCACGCGGAAAAAUGUGAGCCUGAUUUUGAGAUGAACAUUGCGGUGAAGCACGAGCAGCCUAUAAGUUCGCGCCCGCGUAGACUCUCAUUCGCGGAUAAAGAUACCUUGCGGAAAAUGUUAGACGAGUUGCUGGAAAGGAAAAUUAUUCGCCCCAGUAAUUCGCCAUAUGCGAGUCCGAUAGUGCUAGUACGGAAAAAGACCGGUGGUCUUAGGCUAUGCAUAGAUUACCGCGAAUUAAAUAAAAUUACAAUACGUGACAACUUCCCAACGGAGUUGAUUGAAGAUAAUCUUGACUGUCUACAAGGAAAGAAAUACUUUACUAUGCUAGAUUUGAAAGAUGGAUUCCAUCAUGUGAAAAUGCACGAGGCAUCGAUUAAAUUCACUUCGUUUGUGACACCGUUAGGUCAAUAUGAGUAUUUACGAAUGCCUUUCGGUCUGACUAAUGCUCCGCGCGUGUUUCAACGUUUUGUUCAUCAGGCAUUUGCACCGCUCACACGAGAACACAAGAUAUUACUGUAUCUGGACGAUAUUAUGGUCGCGACGGAAGCGCUGGAUGAGCAUAUUGAUAUCUUGUCCGAACUAUUUACGUUAGCUGGUAAGAAUCAGCUGCAAUUCCGUUUAGAUAAAUGUUACUUCGCGCAAACAGAAGUUAGAUACUUGGGAUAUUGCGUUAAUGAGCAUGGAAUACGCCCCAGUGACGAAAAUAUAGAGUCCGUUUUAAACUAUCCUAUUCCGCGGAAUGUAAAAGAAGUGCAUCGGUUCGUUGGUCUCGCGAGUUAUUUUCGCCGAUUUAUCCCUAAGUUCUCAUUGUUGGCUAAGCCAUUAUUUGAUUUAAUAAAGAAAAACGUUGUUUUUAAUUUCGGUACUGCAGAAAACGACGCGUUUGAGACUCUGAAACGUCACUUGGCGAGUAAGCCUGUAUUAACUAUGUAUUCAUCGCGAUUGGAUACCGAAUUACAUUGUGACGCGAGUGCAAGCGGAUUUGGCGGGAUAUUGCUCCAAAAGCAAGACAGUGGUUUGUGGAAGCCUGUUUCUUUUUGGAGUCAGCGGACUACUCCGACCGAGUCUAAGUAUCAUAGCUAUGAAUUAGAAUGUCUAGCUGUGGUAUACGCGCUGAAACGGUUUCACGUAUAUUUGGCGGGGCGGAAAUUUCGGAUAGUCACAGACUGUGAUAGCUUUCGUCUCACGCUGGAUAAAAAAGAUAUUAAUCCGCGGAUAUCUCGUUGGGCAUUAUUUCUACAAAAUUAUAACUACGAAAUCGUACACCGUCCAGGUAAAAGGAUGAGUCAUGUUGACGCUUUAAGUAGGUGUCACAGCGUAUUAGUACUAGAAGGCAGUACAUUCGAGCGAACGCUAUCUAUCUGUCAGGAUAGAGAUACGGAUAUUCUCAGAAUUCGCGAUCAGCUUGAGAAAAGUGAAAUGAAAUACUACGAAUUACGCGACGGUCUCGUAUACCGGAAAGAUAAAAACAAAAAAUUGUUGUUUUAUGUGCCGCGUUCAAUGGAACCGAAUGUUAUUAGGACUUGCCACGAUGACAUCGGACAUGUCGGUAUCGAUAAAGUUAUUAAGAGCAUUGUAACGGUCUAUUGGUUUCCUAAUAUGAGGGAAAAAGUAAAAGAAUAUAUUGGAAAUUGCCUGCGAUGUGUAGAGUUCUCGCCAUUAAGCGGAAAAGCAGAAGGUUUCCUGCAUAGCAUUCCAAAAGAGGAAUUGCCGUUCGUGACAAUACAUAUAGAUCAUAUGGGCCCCUUAGAAAAAACGGGAAAAGGAUACCGUCAUUUGCUCGUUGUCAUCGACGCAUUCACUAAAUUUAUUAGAGUCUAUCCAUGUAAAACCACAGCGUCGGAGGAAUCUGUGAAAUGUCUGCGAGAGUAUUUCCGAGCGUACAGUAAACCGAAGCGUCUAAUCUCUGAUAGAGGCACUUGUUUCACGUCGGAUGCUUUUAAAGAAUUUUUAAAGAGCAGAGAAAUCGAACAUACUCUCGUUGCUGUAAGCACUCCUAGGGCCAAUGGCCAAGUGGAAAGAUUCAAUCGAAUCAUUACGCCAAUGUUGGCAAAAUUAAGUGAAAGUCCUUCGAAAUGGGACCAUGUUCUGGACAAGGUCGAGUACGCUUUAAAUAAUACCGUGUGUCGAACAAUUAACGAAACUCCUUCGCGUUUGUUGUUCGGGAUCGAGCAGAGGGGUGAAUCGAAUGAUAUAGUACGAGAUGUGCUCCGCACGGCUAUCGAUAGAGAUCUCGAACAAAUGCGAAAAAAAGCGCAUACCAAUAUUAAAGAAUCUCAGUUAGAAAAUGCUAAGCGUUACAAUUUACGACGAAAACCCGCUCGUGAGUACAAGGUCGGUGAUUAUGUGGAGGUGCGAAAUAUUAAAACUACUCCGGGCGUUAAUAAAAAGUUGUUGCCCAAAUUCAAGGGACCUUACGUCAUUAAAAAGGUCUUAGAUUAUGACCGCUACGUCAUCACUGACCUUGACGGAUUCCAACUCACUCAAAGACCUUACACCGGUGUUGUGGCGCCGGAUCAGAUGCGACCUUAUAUUCAUAGUUUGUAAGACAUAUUUUGUUUCGAAUAGUUGUGAAGAUAUUGUGCAAUCUUUUGUAAUGCUAUUGUACUUGAUUAGUUGUAAGCCAUUCUGAAUUAAUGUGUUCUUUAUUUUCUUUUUGGAUCGAGACGAUCCAACUGUCAGGAGGGCCGAGCUGUAGGCAUAUUUUCAUAUUUUAUUUCGCGUGAUAUGGAUGGAAGAUUCUCGACUCUUCCGAUCAUCGAGAGGUUUCGUGAUCGGGAACUUUCCAUCCUCGCGACUGUUUUCCGAUCGAAUUGGGAUUGGCUGUGCGGUGUUGCUGACCGCGCGCGAUUGGCCUUUGCUCUCGCCCCUCCUGCGAACCAGGCCCAGAGCGCCCGGACCGAGCUCAGUCUCGAAGAGAGCUUCGACACGCAUCGACGAAAUUUGUAUUCUUUUCAAUAAAUAUACCCACACUAAUUAUUUUAUAUGACACGUUACCAUAAUAUGAAUAUAUUUCUGUAUUUUAUUAUUUAUACUUCUUCUAUUUUCUGUUUGACAUACCCACUUUAUUUUCUAUUUAGUUUUGCAUUUCUUUAAUUGUUCCAUUUGUCUCUUAUAGCGGAGCAACCCGUGCCUGUGUCACAUGUUGACAAUGAAAAUCAAGAGGAUGUAACAAAUUUGAUUCGUACGAGCGAUACAAAUGAUAUGCCGAGUACGCACUUAUUAUUACGCGAGCAAGAUAGUACAGGUAAAUUCUAUCCUCUUAAUUAUUAUAUAAACUUUUGUAAAAACUCUCUCUCUCUCUCUCUCUCUCUCUCUCUCUCAAAAAUCUUGUAUCUAAAAGCUUAUAUAAUGUUGUGCGUAAUUCUGUACUGAUUUUAUUAUGUAUAGUUCUCGGUAAAACUUUACAAACACGGACCCAGCCCCAAUGACCUUGACCUUGGCAUAUGUUGUCAAGGUCACCUUACUGAGUGACCUUCAGAAGGUUUUAGCCGUCGCUCGUUGUUCGUUAAAAAGUUAUGUAAAACAAACGUAUUGAUCGUUUCUUUGAUAUAAUGAGUGAGGCCUAUCCAUUUUAAUAAAAGAUAUUUACA